AUGAAUCAGUGCAGUGGAGCGUUUGGCGGUGACGGCGUCGCGCGAUGUACUGGCCAUUUUGCAGGCUGCGUUUGCCAGGCUACGCCCAAUACGUGCGGAAACCCCCAAAGUUGUGACAUGAACCAGUGCAAUGGAGCUUUUGGGGGGGGGGAUGGGAUCGCCAGAUGUACGAACCAUUUUGCUGGAUGUGUCUGCCAGGCUACAACGAAUACCUGCGGUAGUCCUCAAAGCUGUGACAUGAACCAGUGCGGUGGUACUUUCGACGGAAGCGGUCUAGCCACAUGCAAAGGGCACUUUGCUGGUUGUCAGUGUGUUCCAACGCCCAAUACGUGUGGACAGCCGCAGAGUUGCGGACUGAACAAUUGCAACGGUGCUGUGGAUCAGGACGGCACUGCUCGAUGCAACGGGCAUUUUGCAGGGUGCGUUUGUAUCCCAACAUCAAGUAGCUGUGGCGAGCCGCAGUCGUGCGACGACCGCGGCUGCGCGGGAACAUUCGAUGGCAGCGGACUGGCCACUUGCAAAGGCAACUUCAAAGGAUGUCAAUGCAUACCUACUACGAAUACGUGCGGCCAGCCGCAGAGCUGCACCCUUAAUAACUGCAAUGGCUCUCAAGACGGGGACGGCAAGUCGAGAUGUAACGGUCAUUUCGCAGGUUGUAUAUGCAAUCCACCUGCUGCACCGCCCAGUGGCCCGCCCAGUGGCAUCUUUAUCGUCAACGGGAACUGCGACUUCGACACUGGAGCUCACAAUGGAGAGUGCUUCUUCAGUACUGAUAACUCAAACUUCGCGGACCAAGACAUCCCUUGUGAUGGCAGCUCUCCCUGCGGCGGAUCCGGCAAGUGUGGAGUGUUUUCCAACUCGCAGGUAAGCUUUGUCGUACUUUUUGGAAUCCGCAAAGUUUAG